AUGGAGGAGGAGGAGGAGGCGGGGGCCGAGGCCCCGGUGCACCCCGGGGAGUCCCCUGUGGAGGCAGAGGGCCCGGGGCCCGUCGCGGAGGAGCAGGCGGCCGGAGAGGAGAGGCCGGAGGAGGCCGGGGGAGAGAGCCCCCUUGAGAAGCCGUCGGGGGAAGAGGCUGCCGCGGAGGAGGGGACGGCAGAGCCGGAACACAGGGCCGGCACGGAGCCUCCUUCCCCGGCCGCUGAGGGAAGGCCCGAGGCAGAGGCGGGAGCCGCCCCAGAGGCGCCCACCAGCGCUAGCUUCACGGAGGGCGAGGCCGAGGAGCCGCCCCCGCUGCAGGAGGAGGCGGCGGCGGAGGAGCAGCGGCGGCGCGCGGAGCUGACCGAGCAGUACCGGCUCCUGCUGGCCGAGCGCGAGCGCACGCGCCAGUACAACGGGCACCUGCAGUUCAAGCUGUACGAGCUCUUCCGCAAGAAGGGCGAGGAGCCGCCCCGCGUGGAGCUGGAGGAGCUGGUCUCCGACAAGGAGCAGCGCUACACCCGCUACCUGGCCAUGCUGGAGGAGCUGAGGAGCCAGCUGGCCCAGCAGAGGGCAUGGUACCAGCUCCAGCUAGACGACCUGGAGCAGCGCUGCACGAAGAAGCUGGACCAGGUGAACGCCGACUGGCUCGCCUUCCAGGCCUGCAAGAAGGAAGUGACCCUCUUCACCAUGGGGCGCCAGCUGGGGGGGAAGGAAGCUGCCAUUAAGGAGGUGGAGCACAUCCAAGCCAAGGAGCAGCGUAAAGAGAACGAGAUGAGUGAGGUUCGCCUGGAAAACAUCAAGCUGCAGCAUAAGAUUGAAAAGCUUGAAGCAAGCCUGAAAGCUCAAGAGGAGCUGGCAGAAGGACUGCACCUGAUAGACUUUGAGCAGCUGAAGAUAGAGAACCAGACCUACAAUGAGAAAAUUGAGGAGCGCAAUGAAGAGCUUCUCAAGCUCCGGAACAAGAUCACUAAUACAGUGCAAAUCCUGACCCAGCUCAAAGAAAAACUCCAGUUUGUAGAAGCUCAGAAUCAAGACCAAAGGACCCAGCUGAUGGAGACUGAGACACUGGUGGCCCAGAAAAGAGAGAUUCUGACCAAAACCAAACAGGCUAGGGAUAGUUUACGGGUACACAACUUGAAGUUGCGACAGAAGUGUGGGCUUCUCGGAAGUGAGGCACUGCUGCGGGACUUUGAGAACAAGGUGGAUGCUGCUGAAGUACUAAGUCAGCGGCUGGAGAUGCUGAAACGUCACCAUGCUGGACUCACCCUUACUUGCAAAGCUGUAAAGAAAAAAAUCAAGGAAGCAAAAUCCUUUCUACCAGAAUGAGGAUUUUGGAGAAAGUGAGGUUAAAAGACAGAAAAACAAAAAUUGAGCACUUAAAUUGGUUUAUUUGUCUCUGAAAUUGUUUUUCAUUUACAGGCUUGGAAUA